AUGAGGCCGGAAACGAACACGCUGCCCAGCCUGGACCCGGGUGAGGACAGCGAUUAUGAGGCAGUUGUUCCAGGCGGUGCAGUGAAAGGUGGUCGCUUUAUGAGGUGGGGUGGUCUGCAUGGUCGCCUCUGCCUCGCAGAUGGUGCCCUGGCCGUGGAGGACGGCGAUGCGGGCGAAUUGCCAUCUCGGGCGGCUCCACCGCUCCAGGAUUACUUGGACGAGCUCUUGAUGCCGGCUGUGGAUGCUGAGGACGAGGAGGAAGCGCAAGCAAAGGAAGCCAGUCGACUUGCUCUGGAGAACGCACCCUCUGCAUCUGCGGCAGAAACGUCGGCCAUUGUGCUCUAUCAGUGGAGUUUCUGCACAUUGACGGAUCAUUUUUCUGCUGCAGAGGUUGACCAGUCGGAGGUGAGAAAGAUGUUUGCCAUCGAGGACAGCAAGCCCAACCAUCGCUUGUAUACGGAGGAAAUGCAAGUGAUUUCCCAAGUCGCUAUCGGAAACUAUCUCCUGCGCCAGCAGCAGGGUAUGGAGGUGGUGCAGAAGGCCAAGGAAGAUGAAGCGAUUCGGAAGAGGCGCGUGACCGAAGGAUCCAAGGAACAGCUUCCGGGCACGAAGCAACCACUGGCCGUCAGCCAGGCAUGGCAGGAUCACCUCGGCGACUCGGAUGCUCUGGGAAUCGAUGUUUCACGCACUUGA